GAGGAUGUGACAGUUGUGCUGUCCUGUGACAAUGACGGGACUCUCACUAGAAGCUCGGGCAGAGGACAUGGCACGUGCAAAGGUGUAAGGGUUCACGGACACCUUCAACAUGGACACCAGGAAGCCCCGGGUCAUCGCCGGCUCCAGGACCGCCUUCUUUGGCUACACGGUGCAGCAGCACGACAUCAGUGGCAAGAAGUGGCUGGUCGUGGGUGCCCCCCUGGAAACCAAUGGCCACCAGCAGACGGGAGACGUGUACAAGUGUCCGGUGACCGACGGGAACUGCACCAAACUCAACCUGGGAAGGGUCACCCUGUCCAAUGUGUCCGAGCGGAAGGACAACAUGCGCCUCGGCCUCAGCCUCGCCACCAACCCCAAGGACAACAGCUUCCUGGCCUGCAGCCCGCUCUGGUCGCACGAGUGUGGGAGCUCCUACUACACCACAGGGAUGUGUUCGAGAGUCAACUCCAACUUCAGGUUCUCCAAGACCGUGGCCCCAGCUCUCCAAAGGUGCCAGACCUACAUGGACAUCGUCAUUGUCCUGGAUGGCUCCAACAGCAUCUACCCCUGGGUGGAGGUUCAGCACUUCCUCAUCAACAUCCUGAAGAAGUUUUACAUCGGCCCAGGGCAGAUCCAGGUCGGAGUUGUCCAGUACGGGGAAGACGCGGUGCAUGAGUUCCAUCUCAAUGACUACAGGUCUGUGAAGGACGUGGUGGAAGCCGCCAGCCACAUUGAGCAGAGAGGAGGAACAGAGACUCGGACAGCAUUUGGCAUCGAAUUUGCUCGCUCAGAGGCUUUCCAGAAGGGCGGCAGGAAAGGGGCCAAGAAGGUGAUGAUUGUCAUCACGGACGGGGAGUCCCACGACAGCCCGGACCUGGAGAAGGUGAUCCAGCAGAGCGAGAGGGACAACGUGACCAGAUACGCUGUGGCUGUCCUGGGCUACUACAACCGCAGGGGGAUCAAUCCAGAAACCUUUCUAAACGAGAUCAAAUACAUCGCCAGCGACCCUGAUGACAAGCACUUCUUCAACGUCACGGAUGAGGCGGCCCUGAAGGACAUCGUUGAUGCGCUGGGGGACAGGAUCUUCAGCCUGGAAGGCACGAACAAGAACGAAACCUCCUUCGGGCUGGAGAUGUCCCAGACAGGCUUUUCCUCGCACGUGGUGGAGGACGGGAUUCUGCUGGGAGCUGUUGGCGCCUAUGACUGGAACGGAGCUGUGCUAAAGGAGACAAAUGGCGGGAAGGUCAUUCCUCACCGCGAGUCCUACCUGAAGGAGUUCCCCGAGGAGCUCAAGAACCACGGAGCAUACCUGGGGUACACCGUCACGUCGGUGGUGUCCUCCAGGCAAGGGCGGGUGUACGUGGCCGGAGCGCCCCGGUUCAACCACACGGGCAAAGUCAUCCUGUUCACCAUGCACAGCAACAGGAGCCUCACCAUCCACCAGGCGCUGCGGGGCGAGCAGAUAGGCUCUUACUUUGGGAGUGAGAUCACUUCGGUGGACAUCGAUGGUGACGGAGUGACCGAUGUCCUGCUAGUGGGUGCACCCAUGUACUUCAGCGAGGGCCGUGAGCGCGGCAAGGUGUACGUCUAUGACCUGCGACAGAGCCGGUUUGUGUACAGCGGAACGCUGAGGGAUUCCCACAGUUACCAGAACGCCCGGUUCGGGUCCUCCAUCGCCUCGGUUCGAGACCUCAAUCAGGACUCCUACAGUGACGUGGUGGUGGGGGCCCCGCUGGAGGACGGCCACAGAGGAGCCAUCUACGUCUUCCAUGGCUGCCGGGGCAGCAUCCUGAAGACGCCCAAGCAGAGAAUCGCAGCGUCAGAGCUGGCUCCAGGCCUCCAGUAUUUUGGCUGCAGCAUCCACGGGCAACUGGACCUCAAUGAGGAUGGGCUAGUCGACCUGGCAGUGGGCACCCUUGGCAACGCUGUGAUUCUGUGGCUUGAAACAGAGACACAUGACUUCGCAGGGAGAACAAAGGAGGGACGUGCUCCUGGUCCUCAAGAAUAUCACGAUCCAGGGGGGAAACGUCUCUGUCCAGGUGCCCUAGAAGACAGAGCCUGGGGCGAAAGCCUCCGCGUGCACGCUUUGGGAGCGGGUUCAGGCCCAGAAGCAGGAGGGAAGCAGGGAAGAAGGGCAGAUGCUGAGCCAGCCACCUCACCGUCCCGCCCCGUGGUUCAGAUCAACGCCAGCCUCCGCUUUGAGCCGGCCAAGAUCAACAUCUUCCACAGGGACUGCAAGCGCAGCGGCAGGGACGCCACCUGCCUGGCCGCCUUCCUCUGCUUCACUCCCGUCUUCCUGGCACCCCAUUUCCAAACGACAACUGUUGGCAUCAGAUACAACGCCACCAUGGACGAGAGGCGGUACACGCCGAGGGCCCACCUGGAUGAGGGCGGGGAUCGAUUCGCCAACAGAGCCGUCCUGCUGUCCUCUGGCCAGGAGCACUGCGAGCGGAUCAACUUCCAUGUCCUGGACACUGCAGACUACGUGAAGCCGGUGACCUUCCUGGUGGAGUAUUCCCUGGAGGAGCCUGACCACGGCCCCAUGCUGGACGACGGCUGGCCCACCACCCUCAGAGUCUCGGUGCCCUUCUGGAACGGCUGCAACGAGGACGAGCACUGUGUCCCUGAUCUCGUGCUGGACGCCCGGAGCGACCUGCCCACAGCCAUGGAGUACUGCCAGCGGGUGCUGAGGAGGCCGGCGCAGGACUGCUCCGCCUACACGCUGUCCUUCGACGCCGCCGUGUUCAUCGUGGAGAGCAUGCGCCGGCGCGUGGCGGUGGAGGCCGCGCUGGAGAACAGGGGCGAGAACGCCUACGGCGCCGUCCUGAACGUCUCCCAGUCCGCAAACCUGCAGUUUGCCAGCCUCAUCCAGAGGGAGGAGGCCGACGGCAGCAUCGAGUGCGCCAAUGAGGAGCGGAGCCUGCACCGGAGGGUCUGCAACGUCAGCUACCCCUUCUUCCGGGCCAAGGCCAAGGUGGCCUUCCGUCUAGACUUUGAGUUCAGCAAAUCCGUCUUCCUGCACCACCUGGAGAUCCAGCUCGCUGCGGGCAGUGACAGCGACGAGCAGGACAGCACCAAGGGAGACAACACGGCCCUCCUGCGCUUCCACCUCAAGUACGAGGCUGAUGUCCUCUUCACCAGGAGCAGCAGCCUGAGCCACUACGAGGUCAAGCCCAACAGCUCCCUGGAGAGAUACGAUGGCCUGGGGCCUCCCUUCAGCUGUAUUUUCAAGAUCCAGAACUUGGGCCUGUUCCCCAUCCACGGGGUGGCGAUGAAGAUCUCCCUUCCCGUGGCCACCAGGGGCGGCAACCGCCUGCUCAUGCUCAGGGGCUUCCUCGCCGACCAGGUGAACACGUCCUGCAACAUCUGGGGGAACAGCACUGAGUACCGGCCCACCCCAACGGAGGAAGACUUGAGCCGGGCCCCACAACUGAAUCACAGCAACUCUGACAUAGUCUCCAUCAACUGCAACGUGAGGCUGGCCCCCAACCAGGAAAUCAAUUUCCAUCUGCUGGGGAACCUGUGGUUGAGGUCCCUGAAAGCACUCAAGUUCAAGUCCAUGAAAAUCAUUGUCAACGCGGCCUUGCAGAGGCAGUUCCACAGUCCCUUCAUCUUCCGAGAGGAGGACCCCAGCCGCCAGGUCACGUUUGAGGUCUCCAAGCAGGAAGACUCACAGAUCCCCGUCUGGAUCAUCGUGGGCAGCACCCUGGGAGGCCUCCUGCUGCUGGCCCUGCUGGUCCUGGCGCUGUGGAAGCUCGGCUUCUUUAAAAGUGCCAAGCGCAGGAGGGAGCCUGGCCUGGACCCCACCCCGAAAGUGCUGGAGUGAGGCUCCAGAGGAGGCUUCGAGUUGACUGGGGCGGGACCCAGCCCAGGUGGUGUGCAGGCCCGGCCCAGGCCCCACGGAGCUGCAGCAGAGGGGACGCCGGCGGGCUUGCACGCGGCCUCGCCUCCUGAGCAGCGGGGCCUGCUCCUCCUAGGACGGGACCCAGGCCGGCUCUAAGCGGAACCGCCCCAGCGGGAGGCCGGGACACCUCCAGCACAGACCCCUGGGAAUUCAAAGGGGCCUCCCUCCCCGGGCCCGCCCAAGGCCCCCAGGCUCCGUGGAGGGCACCUGUUGCCCCAGCCACUAAGGUGCUAGGAAUUCCUGCUCAUCCAACCCGCGGAAGAAACGCAGGGAGGAAGGCCGCAAAUGCAAACCCACUCUGCACACACUCCAGGCCUCUAGUUCCAGAAGGACCGUGGGACAGCAGAGCUGAAUUCCGCCGCGUCCUCCCAGCCCUCCCACCCACCACUGGUUCCCAAGUCACACCUGCCCCCGCCUGUAGAUGGGCCCCGGGCUCCCCACGAAUGAACCUGAGCCCCGCGGCGCCGUGGCAACAGCGGUGGGCCGGGGAUAAAGACAGACUCUGGGCCGCGCGGACGGUGACGGGGCUGAUGGCCGGGCAAGCGGGACUCAGGACACUGGCACCGCCCUGGAUGGAGGCAGCAGGCGCCCCACCCACGCGCGUCCACACUGGCUGCCACCCACACCCCCCCCAAUCCUGAUCCUCAGUACCUCAUGCGAAGCGCGGGGAUGACGCAAUCCCUGGGGCUCCCCGCUUCCACUCCUCGUCCCGCUGCGGCAGCGGGGUGGCAGGCACAGGGGUGGGAGCAUCCCCCCCGCACCCCUGCACGCGCACUGCCUCCCACCCCUCCCGUGUGCCCGCCAGUGCACCGCAGAAGCGCCCUGCCGGUGCCGUCGAGGGUCCUCUCUGGAACGCACUGAAUAAAGCCCGUGCAAGGACCCCGGGAGCCUGCGCAGCCUCAGUGACAAGUGUCUCGUCCCCCGGCCCACGGGACGAGUAGCAUGAGCAGUGGUGGUGCCCCAAGGACAAGGGGCAUGCCUGGUGCCCAGCGGAGUAAUUUAUGCCUUCACCUUGUUUUGAGGUAGAAAUGAAAGGGGUACAAAUCAAAGGCACACGUCCCCCUGUGCACAGUACGACCUUCACUGUCGUAAAUAUUUUUAAGAAAUUUUUUAAAAAAUACAGUGUUUAAAAACAACCAAGGCACUGACAUCCCAUUCUGUGGGCAGAGCGGGUUGCAGUGAGCCACGCUCUUCUUUGCAGGGGAGGAGGCGGGUGAGGGGCUCUCUGCCGCCUUCCUGGUAUGUCUAAAUGUUGCCUUCCUGCCUUCCUGGUAUGUCUGAAGGGAUUUGCUCCUGCACCAUGCCUUCCAGGUGGCCGCCUGGCCUCCGUGACUUUGCCGCCACCGGUGAGCACUCCCUCCCUCCCAGGGUCGCCCAUUCCGUCAGUUGCCAGGGUGGACGGUUAGGACCCAAACGUCUCGCUGUAGCUUCUGCCCUUAGUUCCAGCGUGGCCCUCGCAGGCCUGACUUCCAGUUUCUUUACACACAGGCUGCUCUUAAAACAAGGCAUCUCUGUGCUAUUCUUGUGCCGUUCAUUUCCGGGAAUCCCAACAGGUAGAGUCUUAAAAAAUAUUUGAUCUUGUUCCCACAUAGAAGAGGACACUCAGAACCAGAGAGAGAGCCCUAGGUCCCACGGCAAAACCCAGACUCAACCCAGAACUGCCACCUCCCAAGCCAGACUCUGUCAUUCCAGGCCAGCAUAGCAAGGACUUAAUGAGGAGCAAAUAAAAUCUGAAUAUCAAAACUAGCUUGCAGCUGGGUGCAGUGGCACACACCUGUAAUCCCAGCUACA